CGGGCGACGGGGGCGCGGCCGCGGGGCGGGAGGGGCCUCAUGGCCGGGCCGGGCCGCCCGCCUUCCCCCGUUCCAUCCGCCGCCUUUUCCCGCCUCCUCGCACCGGGUUCCGCGCUCUGACCCCACCCGUUGGGCGCGGGUCCGAGCCGGGCUCGGCGCGACCCACCGCUGGGAGGAUGGGGGCAGCCGAGGAGGCAGGAGAACGGCAGCGGCCUGACGGCGCAAUGACCGGCGAGAAGAAGAAGAAGAAGCGGCUCAACCGCAGCGUCCUGCUGGCCAAGAAGAUCGUCAUACGGGACGGGGCCGGCCGACAGGGGAUUGGAGAGCCCAGCGUGUACCACGCAGUGGUGGUGAUUUUCCUGGAGUUCUUUGCCUGGGGUUUACUGACCACUCCAAUGCUGACGGUGUUACACCAGACUUUUCCUCAGCACACAUUCUUGAUGAAUGGUCUGAUUCACGGAGUCAAGGGUCUGCUUUCUUUUCUAAGUGCCCCAUUGAUUGGUGCUCUCUCUGAUGUCUGGGGCAGGAAAUCCUUCCUCCUCCUCACUGUCUUCUUCACAUGUGCACCAAUUCCCCUUAUGAAGAUCAGUCCGUGGUGGUAUUUUGCUGUCAUUUCCAUGUCUGGAGUCUUUGCUGUCACCUUUUCUGUGAUUUUUGCCUACGUUGCUGAUAUCACACAGGAGCAUGAACGCAGCACAGCAUAUGGCCUGGUGUCAGCCACGUUUGCUGCUAGUCUGGUCACAAGCCCAGCAAUUGGUGCAUACCUUUCCCAAGCCUAUGGUGAUACACUUGUAGUUGUGCUAGCUUCAGGUGUUGCUUUGCUGGAUAUUGGUUUCAUCCUGCUGGCUGUGCCAGAAUCUCUGCCAGAAGAGAUGCGUCCUGUCUCCUGGGGAGCUCCAAUCUCUUGGGAACAAGCAGACCCAUUUGCUUCUUUGAGGAAAGUGGGUCAGGAUUCUACAGUGCUGCUCAUCUGUAUCACUGUCUUUCUCUCCUAUCUUCCUGAAGCUGGCCAGUACUCCAGUUUUUUCCUGUACCUGCGACAGGUCAUUGGUUUUUCCUCAGAGACUGUGGCAGCGUUUAUUGGUGUUGUUGGAAUUCUCUCUAUACUGGCUCAGACAGUAGUCUUGGGAAUUCUCAUGCGUUCAAUAGGAAAUAAAAACACUAUCCUGCUGGGACUAGGCUUCCAGAUCCUGCAGCUGGCCUGGUAUGGCUUCGGAUCACAGCCUUGGAUGAUGUGGGCAGCAGGGGCUGUGGCUGCCAUGUCUAGCAUCACCUUCCCGGCCAUCAGUGCCAUGGUGUCUAGGAACGCAGACCCUGACCAGCAGGGUGUAGUGCAGGGGAUGAUCACUGGAAUUCGGGGUCUGUGUAAUGGCCUGGGACCAGCUCUCUAUGGCUUCGUCUUCUAUCUCUUCCAUGUGGAAUUGAAUGAAAUGGCUGAGGUGGAAACUUUGGGUAAGGCCUCCAAACCCAACAUGGCCAACCCAACAGAUGAGAGCAGCAUUAUCCCAGGGCCUCCUUUCCUGUUUGGAGCUUGCUCUGUCUUGCUGUCGCUCCUGGUGGCCUUGUUCAUUCCAGAACACAACCUUACUCUGAGAUCAGGCAGCCACAAAAAACACAGUAACGGAGCCCAGACCCACACCCACAGCCCGCAGGCUGGAGCUUCGGAUGGCAAGGAGCCCCUGCUUGAGGACAGCAGUGUAUGAGGUUGGGAGAGAAGGACCUGGCUUGUGUCUCAACUCCAGAUCAAAGAUGGACUUAGUUGGGGUUUGGGGAGAGAGGGUGGGAGGCGAGAAGGAGCGAGAUGAAAGACUGUACCACGAGCAGCUCACGAGAAGGGAAGUGGUUUCCCUUCAAGCCAAAUAUACUCAGCUGGUGCAAAAAUUGAAUUGUAUGGUCUGGUGCUGAUGGAAAGGGGAGAUACAGAACCGCUCUGCAUGAAGGGAUAUUUCUUUAAAGCAAACCUGCCCUUGUUGUGAACACUGAACUUCAUGGUGUGACCUGCCAAAUACUCAACUCGUCAGUGAAAAAUUGAGGAGCUAGCAUUGUCUGUGUUCUAAUGUGAACUAACUCGUGUGCCAGCCAGAAUAAAACAAGGCAUCUGUUACAUUCCCCCAUCCCCUUACAUAAUUGGUACUUGAUGCUGAUCCCGUUGCAGCUGAGUUGGCUGACCUCAGCCUGGGGGAGGCCGAGAGGCUGCACUGUGCAGCCUAUACUGUAAUAAUACAGCAAGUAAAAAGUGUGCAUGGUUGAAGAACAGAUAGCAUAGUCACCAUCUUGAGGAUCUGGUGAAUUUGUCCAUUUUGGCCCAGGUGAUGCUUACUCAGACAAGAAAUUGAUGCUGUUCUGAGCUCACAAGAGAGAAUGGGCAGAUGGAAGUUAAUUAUAUGAAUUACAGAUGCUUAGGUGGUCAACGUUAGUAUUUUUCAUGGGGGUUUCUGUUGCUUUUGUGUUGGCUUUUUUUGUUGUUGUUACACUGAUGUAACACUUCUGUCUGUCACUACCUCCAUAGGAAGCAGGUAAAAGGAUUUGGGAGGGGGGGGAUUUUUUUUCUGGAAGUGGAGAAGUUGAUUAGAAAAUAGCUUCUUAAGAGGCAGGAGAAAGAAGUAAACUCUGCUAAGCACUUUGUUAAAGCGUGGCUUCCUGAGAGUGAGGUCAGAGAAAUAGCUGUUGAGCACUUCUAUGAAACAUGUUGAUUUUUCCACAGACUCUUCUCAUCUUGAUAUUAAAACCAGAUAACGAGGCGUGAUUUGUUUUUCUCGGUCCAAAGGAGCCUGAUGAGGGUUGCAAUUGCUUUGAAUCUGCAAGUCUGUAUUCCAGGUAGUAUUUCUGAGCCCCUCUCUGAAGGCUUUCGUUUUGCUGAAGAAUGAAACUGCAACCUUUUCUGCAGGGUUCAGCUCUGCUUAGAAGAAGAAACAGAAACUCUGAGUGCUGUGAAAGAAGCUGAGGUAGAUAUGGGGAACGUUUGGUUGUUUAUAGAUGCAUAGAGAUAGUGAAGUGAGCAGGAAACAAUGAGUGAGAGCAGAAAUAAUGACACUGGGGAAGCAAAGACCAAACUGGGGGCAAUUAAGGAAUUUGUUGCUAAGGGCAUUGUGGAUACAGUGGCCAAAAAGUAGUUCCAUCUCAGCAUGGGGUGUGCAUACAGCUUCAUGGGGAUCACUUCUCUGUGGGUUCAAGACAGUAAUUUAAGGGAGAAAGACCAAAAGGGAUCACUGUCACUUCAUGUCUUGGUUCUUUACAGAUGGGUAAUUGUAUUUGGUGCUGUUCCUGUGCAGCAGUGACCAAAAUGCUGUUUGUCUCCGUAUUUAUAUCAGCCAGACAGCCCCGAAGAUCUCAGUGCUCUGGAGCACAGCAGGCACUCCUGUGGGACUUUGCUUCACUCAGGAUGCCUGCUUGAGGGUUGUGAAGGGAAUAUGAGGCUUCAUAGCUUCUGACCUCUUCUAUGAGCUUGUCAGUGGGAGAGCUGGUUCGUGGUGACUGAACAGAUGGAGCUCUGCAUCUUCGUGUGCAUCCCUUAAGAGCCUAACAGUAUAGAAUCACUGCUUGCCUUGAACGAAGAGCAUCAUGUCGGUUUACCAAUUUUCUGGACCAGUUAGUUAGUGGAGGUGGGCAUUUAAGUGAAGUAAUUCAGCUUUUGUUUACCAAUAAUUUUGGCUGGUAUUUAAAUCCUGUAAUAAGAACUGUGAGAGCAGCUGAUUGCCCAUGCAGAGAGCAGCUGUCUCAGACACUGAGGGUUUGCUUAUGCAGCUCUAAUUUGUGGGACUGGAGAAGGUAUCAGCAACAUGUGGAGGCUCCAGUUUUCUCUCUGCCCCAUGUUUCCAGACCUUUUUGGGAUAGGUUGCACUGUGGAUGCACAGCACACACCUUUCCUGAAGAGAAUCCCCUCACUUUAACUUCUAGGCAGCAAUUCCAUCUCUGUAUUGCUUACAGAAAUAGCUUUUAUUCGAUUGGAGCUUCACCAGGUAAAUCUGGUGCUUCAUUUGUUUGCACUGUACGAAAAUGAACUCAAGUAGUUCCAUCCCUCACAUGCAAAUGAAUUGAAAUUAAACACUGAAUAGUUACCUCAUUCACACUCAAAGCUUCACAGGUUAAAAUAGAACAGAACGUUACAAAACCAAGACGAGCAUAAUUUAUAUUAUAUAAAAUAUAUAGAUAUAUAUAUUUUUUUCAAAGUCCUUUCCUAUAUAUGGUAAUUUAUUCCACCGAGGUCUCUUCCCAACCUGCCAGGGUCUGCAAUGCAGGCAGAGGUGGCACAAUGGGGAUGGGUGUGAGUUGCUCCCAAUCCCACAGUGCUGAAGGUGCAGAUGUUCCCUGGAGGGCAGCAAGCCUGCUUGCCUUCCCUGCAGAUGCUGCUUGUUGUUAUGGGCAUUGGAAGCAGAUAGGGAUUUGUUCUCACGUUUCUGGAGUUCCCUCAGUUGGUUGGGGGUCUCUCGGCCCUGCUGUAACCCCUCUCUCCCUGUUGGGCGUAGGGAUGUGAUCCACCAUUCUGCCUUUAUGUGAGAGACACUGCCUCGAGCCCAGCGGUGGCGGAGCUGAGAUUACUGGACCUGAAUGAAGAAUGUGCCUAAUUCUGAAGGGCUGGUAAUUCUGCAGCGUCGGUGGUGGAGGCUGGAAAACUUGUAGAAAGCAUUGAGUUAGCGUUGCCAAGUUUUGUUAUUUUCUAUGGAAAUGCAACUUUUUGUAAAAGAGCCUUUUCUGUCAAUCCCAUUGAUUUGCUAUGUGAUGCCUGAGCCUGGCCAGUCAGCAUCGGCGUUCUGCAGUGAGUUACACUUCAGGUUGGUUAACAGCAAUGCCCCAAACAUACAGCAAAAGAAUGAGCUCAGCUGCCCUUCCUCUGCAGCUCCAAUGUUAACAGCAGCAGUUCGAGUGAGUUUAUAAAGCUGAUCUUGUUGCAUUAGAGAAACUGAAUGCAUUAAAACCACCGCUUGCCCUUUUGUCGUUACCUUUGCAAAGGAAUCACUUUGAACUUUGUUUUUAUUCUUCCAUUUGCACUUGAAUUGCUGCUAACAUCUUUGGUCAUCUUUCAAGUGUGGGCACACAGCAAGCCCACGUUCAUUGGAGAACGGCUCUAAGUUUACUAUGGUGUGCAUUUCUGUAUCUCUUUUUUUUUUAAGUUAACAUUGAAAUGUAUUUAUUUCAGUUCAAGUUGUGUUUAGCACUGGCUAAUCUUUCCUCUGAUGGAUUAUUUAUUAAACUGCUGCAUUCCUGUUGCGUUGAA